AUGUCUUCCCAAGGAGACAGUGGGAUAGCAAACCCAAUCUCCUUCCUGGAAGUGUCAGAGACUGAGGCUGCCCAGCAUGUCCAGGAAAUCAGAAACCAAACCAGCGUCUCUGACUUCCUGCUCCUGGGCUUCUCCGCACACCCAGGACAGCAGCCUCUCCUGUUCGCACUUUUCCUGGGCAUGUAUCUGGUCACCAUGGUGGGGAACCUGCUCAUCAUCCUGGCCAUCGGCUCUGACCAGCAUCUCCACACCCCCAUGUACUUCUUCCUGGCCAACCUGUCCUUCAUCGAUACCUGCUUCACCUGCACCAUUGUCCCCAAGGUGCUGGUGAACAUCCUGACACAGUGCCAUACCAUCUCCCACACUGGGUGCCUCGUGCAGAUGUACUUCUUCAUGGCAUUGGCUCUACUGGAUGACUUCCUGCUGGCCGUGAUGGCAUAUGACCGCUACGUGGCCAUCUGCUUUCCUCUCCACUACACCACAAUCGUGUGUCCCCAGCGCUGCCUGCUGCUGGUCUCUGCAUCCUGGCUCUGCUCCCACCUCCUGGCCUUUUCGCUCACCCUCCUCAUGUCUCAGUUCUCCUUCUGUGCCUCUCAUGCCAUCCCACACUUUUUCUGUGAUCUUCUCCCGCUCCUCAAGCUUGCCUAUACGCAGAUCUUUCAGGUCAUGAUGUUUGCUGAAGCAGCCCUCUCAGGUGUGGUCCCUCUCACCUGUGUCCUGGUCUCUUAUGCCCACAUCAUCCACACCAUCCUCAGGGUCCCCUCUGCUAGGGGGAAGCACAAAGUCUUCUCGACCUGUGGCUCUCACCUGACAGUGGUCACUCUCUUCUAUGGAACUGUCUUUCUGGUGUAUUUCCAGCCUUCUGCCUCCUAUUCAUCAGACACAGGUAUGGUGGCAUCUGUGGUAUACACGAUGGUCACUCCCAUGCUGAACCCCUUUAUCUACAGCCUGAGGAACAGGGACAUGAAGGGGGCUUUAUGGAAACUCCUUGGCUGA